GAAGAAUCUACUUCUAUGUAGGCAGAAAAGAAGCGCCCGAAGAUGUUGGAUGGUUCAGAUGCAGUGAUGAAGUGCUUCUGUGAAAAAAGAGUGCGUGUAUAUCAUGAUGAGCCGGUUGUAGCCGGGGAGUUACUUUUUGCAUGACUGUUUGCUUUGCUUUAAGACUAUACUUUGGUUAAGUAUUUCGAACUACAGGCAUGCUGAUGAUGUGCAUUUUAUUUUGAUUUUUACUGAAGCUAUGCAUGAUCCUUUCUUGCAACUCGUAUGUUAUAUAAUUUUUUCCGGUAGAAUGAAGCUAUUUCUGGAGUAUGAAAAAUAUAGUGAGGACUUCGAGCAUUAUACGGAAUGAAGACUAUGAUCGGUAGAAUGAAGCUAUUUCUGGAGUAUGAAAAAUAUAGUGAAGACUUCGAGCAUUAUACGGAAUGAAGACUAUGAUUUUGUUUGAUUUUCUCAGUACCUUCAUUCAUUCACAAGUAUCCUAGAAUCUGUCUUUGAAGCCCAAGGUGUCAAUCGAUUGCAUCUACUAGUGUAAACCAUCAAGAUCAUGUCCUAUUUGGGCAUGUCGCGAGGUGCAGGGGGAGGACAGUAUGGCUCCGGUUGGGCAAGUUCAUCCUCAGCAACAAUGAGGGGGCAGCGUUCUACAGUGAAUGGACCGUCGAGGAUGAAUGCUCAAGUCGUGGCUUCCUCAAAUCGUUCUACAGCGACCACAGCCGCACCAAACGGACAACACCAGACGAACAUGAAGCAGAAAACUACUACGUCGAGCAAUAAUGCUAAGAGCCUAGUUCCUCCCAAGUAUAGUUUUCCGGAAACAUUUGCGAAGCAUAGAGGUGAAUUCGAUGCAGGCAAAGACGAACUACGACGCAGCAUGUGCAAAACUGGAACCUCACUCAACCUUGCAGAACAUAGCACCAUUAUGGAAGAAUAGAGAUGACGAGUCCUCUGUUUGCAAGAAUUUGACUAUUUUUUAUUGACAUUCAUUACAGCAAUGGAAAUCAUCCCUAGUUCCUUACUCCUAGUUGAGUAGCAUUUAUUUCGUGUGUACUUACGUAUCAAUACUCUUGUUACUUACAUAAAAAUCAAGGCUAUCUUCUUCAACUAAUAUUAUAGUUUACCUUAUUCAGGAGCUAAUAAAGUCUAUCUUAUUCAACUGAGAAAGUCUAUCUUCAUCUUCAACUAAUCAAGUCUACCUCCUUCAACUAAUAAAGUCUACGUUCUUCAACUAAUAUUGAAGUCUACGUUCUUCAUCUUCAAGUAAUAUCAAAGUCUACGUUCUUCAACUAAUAUUCGUGUCUUCUAUCUUCAUCUUAAUGCCCAUCUAUUGCUGAUCAUCUUCUAAGCCGAAGGGCCUUUUAUGGGACACAGCUGCUGCAAUGGAUGAAUUAGUGCAAAACUUCUACGAUCAAAUCAGCAUCAGACUCACCGAAGAGCUUUUCGAGAGCCUGUCAAAGAGAUACCCAAGCGCGGCUGCAGAAGAAAUAGAUUAAGACUGGUGACGUCGUAAAAAUUUUGAUAGAUGACAAAGGAACGAAGAAAUAAAGGGAAGUCUUGCAGCUAGUUAGAGAUGCUACACGCCGAGAGUGGGCACAUCAGUCAGUCAAUCAAUCAAUCAAUCAAUCAGCCCUCGCCAUUUUUUCACGCGGGAUGUCGUAUUUUUUCCCUCAUAAUCUCUCAGAGGAGAAUUUGAAAAUGAUUCGCACAUCAGGGCGGAAGGCGAAGAUAUUGCUCGGCCCUCUAAUCAAAGCAGAUAUCUAGUUCCACCCUUGCGCGAGACCUGAUUUUUCGUGAUGAGCAGGACGCGGAUUUUGUACGUAAGCGGGCUCCAGCUGCCUACAGCGGUGGUGGAGGCAACAGUAGUAGUAGUGCACAUCAAAGAAACGGAGGUGGUGGCGGAAGCUAUGCGAAAUUGGGUCGUCUCUAUUACAAGGAUUACGUUGUUGGCGCCCUAGCUCUGGACCAUCCGUACAUCUACCUGUGCAACUACGCAACCUGUUUUCGACCGUGCAACUUUAUUAUCGGAUUCACGGGACCCGAAAAGAAACGCUGUAGGAAAAUAGCGAAGGGCAGGUUUGGGGACGGUUUGGACAGCAGUAUAAGCAAGCUGUUGUCGGACAAACGCAAAGUGGAUAUUUUCUCUUGCGGUUACCGAUAUUGCUUCGACUAUCGUGCUGCCUCGAACUUACCAGACGGGGUAAAACAGUUGCACUACUUUGUGAAUCCAAUGAACCAUCAAACGCGCUUGGAGCCACAGCCGCCACAGGAGUUAUUGUUCGACCGUGAAUGGGACACUUUAGUUCGCAUCUACGUGCCGCAGUUUCAAUUGGACUGCAGUCGCUACUUGUUUUUUAUACAGCCUGAUGACUUGCAACGAGUUUCUUUGUCUUCCAGUAGUGGGACUUCUUCUGCCUCUACAACUCGUGGGGACGAGAAUAUAGGAGUAAGUACCUAUUCCUCAGAUUACGAAAUCCUCUGUGGGAAUGCGACACGCGGUCGAAUCUACGUGAAAGACAUGCAAGUGAUUAACUACUAUGAAUUGAGGGCAGCAGCAGGGCCAGCGACUCCAGCUUUCGGAUACAAUUUGAAGUCGUUCGACAUGAAGUUCCGCGAUCGCAAAGAAUCGCUGGGCGAGCGCGAUCAAAGAGAGCAGAUUGUAGCAGCAUGGGGCACUUUUUUUCAGCAGGCAGAACAAAAAACAGAAUGCCGCGCUGGGGCAGAAAAGUUGGCGAUGCAGCUGUUGCAGGCUUUGGUCAGUGGGGGGAACUCAGCUCUUGGAGAACCGUUAGAGCUCCAAUUCUUCCAUGACAUUUGCAACACUAGAAGUACUACGUCUAGGAUAUUGUCCAAUACUUCUAGUACUAACACUUAUUCUAGUACGACCAUUAAUGGUACUUCAGCAGCAGCAGCGCCUUCUGGUGUGAGUAAUUCCGACGAGUAUGCGACUUUGAUUUGCCGAUAUUUAAAGAACGCUUUUCGAGAAAAACACCCUGACGCCAUCCCUUACUGGGAUAAGGAGAGUCGAGCGAUUAAAAAACUUGGAAAGACGGCGGUGAUGGUAGAUUUAUUUUUCGUUUUUCGAUAUAAUGUGCUGAUGGUGGUACAAGAUGUAGGUAUUCUGGUCAGUUUUGUUUUUGUCUGAAUACGUAUCGGAGAUGCGUUUGUAAAAGAUUUAGUACUUGAUGGAGUGAUCAAUUUCGUUUGCUUAUGCAGAGUCGAUGAUCUGGUAAGUAAUUCGUAGGUUAGGAAACUGUCUUUGUACGUGAAAAGUAGUACAUGCUAGCUGUAUCUUACGAUACCUGUCGAAUUCUCCUCGGACUCGGACAGUUAUGAUCCACCCAAUUAUAAAUCUUAUUUCUCUGUUGAUGUCAGUAUCCGCGCAAAGUUACAGAGCUGUUGAACGCGGGGGAGCCCACGCCGGAAGAGCAGUUACACGCAUUACGACUUGAAUUGCUCAAACAAGGACCGCCUUUGUCCGCGAGGAAAGCGACCCAACUACUCCACGGUGCUAUUGGCGCAGCGAUCGAAAAAGGACUUGACUUUUUCAGAUUGGAAAGAGGAGCGCCAGCUACUAGUACUACUAGUGGAGGAAAGGCAAAUCAAAUUGGAGAGUCAACAGCUUCGUCUUCAGCUUCCGCCAGUAGUUCUCCUUCAGAACAACAUACGACAGGCGGAACAACAGCAGAAGGCCUUUGUGCUGACAGUCUGUUACAAAUGCGACUAGUCGAGGUAGUGGAGAGUUCUUCUGCUUCUUCCAAGCGGAAGAUAUCUCUGCGCGACGUGGUUGCUGCUGUUGAUGGGCAGUCGGUGCAAGCCUUUGAACUAACUGGUUUCCGGAAUUCAACAUUGAAUCGGGUUUAUAAAAGUUGUUGUUCUGGUACUAGUAGUGGUGGCAGUAGAAGUAGUGGUCAAGGUCAACGACAAGGUCAUCAUCAACAAGAAAAAGACCUUUUCAUAGCGGAAAAGGAUACAACAACACGUAGGGACGCAAGAGAAGCGCUACUACUGUAUUUCGACCCUUUAGGCCAGAGUGCGGCGAUCGUCCCAGCUUCGAGUCAUAGCAGCUCAAGUAGUUCAAAUUUUUCCACUGGGGCUACUAGUACCAGGUCUACUGCAGACCUAGCAUUAGCCAGGAUGAUCCAGCGUGACCGUCCGUGGUGGGUGCCCAAAGCUCAUUGGCGAGAGACCAAAUUGGGAAACACGAGUACAGUGCGCGCCAUCCCAGUUUCCCAAUCUCCCGUUUCUUUGCUCGUCAACAUCGCGGCACUGCGGGACGCCAUGGAAAGAGGUCGCGCUCUGAAUGACAGCACUUUAGGGAAGGCCCAGUGGUUUGUGCGCGCUGUUUUGAAAGAGGCAAGAGAGGGUUUGGAGCGAUUGAGGUUUGCGUUUGUGUCUGACGCCGAUUUCGAGGAAGAGGUGAUGGCGGAUGCGAUGGAGACCCUGUUAGCGCAUUUACCGAACGACAAAUCCUUGCCCACGGAUGCGGCAACCCUGGAAAGCUUGAUCGACAAGCUGCCGACGGCGCCUUCGGAUAGCAAUAUGCGAACAAUAUCGAAUGCCACGACUUCGACAACGAGUAGCGGAUCUACCUCUAGUAAUGCUGCUGUUGUACGACCUGCUUCGGUGGCGGGACAACAAACUUCUAGACAACAGCAACAACAACAACGGCCUCCUACGUUGGAAUUCCUGGGUGACGGUGGAGAUGAGGAAGAGCCAGAAGGACACCAUGAUGCAGCUCUAGAGGAAGAUGCAGACUUCGGAGAUUUGCCUUUUCAAGAGCUUUCGCCACGCGCAGAUCAGCUAAUUAGAGCGACCGCAGGCAGAAAUGGCGGCAUCAUUUCGUUCGAAACAUUACGGCAGGGGCUUUUGCGAGAACUCUACUGUGAUUCCCUGGAAGAGGAAGCUGGUGCUGCAGUACAGGAUAAAGAAGUUCCUGCAGUAGAAAAAGCAGAUCCAGACGCGCAGCAUUCCUCUAGAAGAAACAGAGAAGACCAGGAAAUUCAAAAGACGCAUGAGCAGCACAUGAAGAAAGCAACCGACGCCGUUGCCGUGAACAGGUUUUAUAAUACGGAUGAAGAGCUGGAUACUAGGAUGAAAAGAUCUUCUAAAGACCUCUAUCCCCAUAGCGAUCAAGCAGAAGGGAGUAAGACCAUGAAAAGGUCUAGAAAAGAUGUUGCUGGUGAUCGUGAGGAAGCGUCAAAGAAGCAUAAGCACGAAAGGUUCGUGAUUCAGAAGGAUGGGGAGAAGCAACAAGACAAGGAAGUAUGGGUAAGUAAGCCAAGUCCUAGUGGCACUAGUAGCAGUAGUAGUAGCUUGUUGCAGCAGGCAAGUCGCAGCAAGGAUCCUUUAGGAAGAACGUUCAUCUUUGAGCCACCAACGGUGAAACGCCAGCUUAGCCCAGCACCAGAGGUCAAGGAGCAGAAGAGGACGAGCACAACGUCGCUAGUUGCAGCAGCAGAUGUGAAAAAGACAUCAUCACCUACAACGAAAGGUUUGUCACCAGCGCCAGCAACAGGUUGUGUGUUAAGCAAGCCUAAAAAUAGACCUCGUGUCUACAACAAUAGGUCGAGCUUGGUCUUGACCCAGAAUGACACGUACUCUGGAACAUCUUCAGCACAGUACAUGCCGACAAAGAAUGGCGAUACACAGAACAAAGCAGCAGUUGCAUCGAAGAGCAUACCGAGUCUAGCUGAUAAUGAUAAAGCCGGGGCUUCAUGUAACGAUAUUCCAGCUAGUUCCAGUGCAGCGUCUUCUUCGAAGAAUGCUGUACCUGUCGUGCUGACUGCACGAACGCGUUUUCGCAGUAUGAUGAGGAGGGAAGAAGCGUAUUUUGCGAAUCCCAAGGUGCAGAAGUUAAUUCAAAAGCAGGAAAAGGACCGUCUUAGAGUUGUUAACAAAGCAAUAGAGCAGUCUACACCUUUGCGAUUUAACGUUGAGCCUCUACUGAGAACACAGGAGGGUCGUGCAAGCAGGUUGUUAGACGCACCGCUGGACGACAGCAUUCAGAGAAAGGGAAAGAAGGGUCCCCCUGGGAUCACUGUUCCCCCUGAGCUCGACGGGCCUCUUGUAACACCUCGAAUGAGACGCGGUAAAAGAGGUGGCAAGGAGGCAGAUGCAGCGGAGAAAGGCAAAGGUAAGAAAGGUGGGAAGAAGCGAUAGUCGCACACUCGUAGUGAUAAUUUAUAUGGAAAAAUUUUUUUUUUUCUAUCGAUAUUUGAAAUGGAUUGCUCGAAGUUGAUUUAUCACCAAUUUUAUCCGAUGCACAUGUCGAUACUAGGUUGUACGUCCACGCAGCGCUGGUUUUGAUCGUUUAGUCUCUUUGUUUACCUCAUGCUAGCUACUUACUUUUUUCGAUACAACAACCAAGGCAUUAUAGAUCCGAUCUACUUCAAAUUCCAAAUAUUACAACUGUUUGAUCAUCUCGAUCGAUAUAUACACCACAAAAUCCACAUAAUUGAAUCUACAUAUGGUCUAUCUUCAUGCUUCGACUAUUUUUACACCUGAUUCGGCAUAUUAGUAUGAUUAAGUUAUCUCGUGCUAGUUACGAUGUGGUGUUUUGACGCCUACGCUGACUAGGGCUAGAGACUUUUCCAAGACCUAAGGUCCCCUUCUAUUACCACUUCAAAGGCUUUUUGCAGAUGAAAAAUGGCCAUUUAUAAAAUAUUGUUGUCAGUGGACAUUCUCCGUUUACGGCGACUCACAUAAGGUCAUAUC